GUGAUCUGCAAAUGCAACCGGCUAUAAAAGGGUCAGCCCGCCCGUAGUGUGGAAACUUCGUAUUACAUCGUUACUGAGUCAGGGUUGCUUUGAACAGCGAAAGAAAAAUGCAUCGAAAUAUUCUUCUUCUUUGCAUCGUGGGCUUAGGGCUCUUUGCCGAAGCCAAAAAACUCUCUACCCCAAGAGUGACAUGCAAUGGAGGUGUCUGUAUCAAAAAUCAUGGACGAUCUGGAAAGUUUAGUGUCAGUCGUGGCAAUGAAUCCGAGGAUGCCAUCAAUACAAUCACUAUAGAGUUUGACUCUAUCAAAGAAGUCGACGCCGAUGGCAACGAAGUUGGCACGACUGGACCUAAACUAGGCAAACAUGCGUUUAACUCUUUUGCUCCCUUGGACUUCGACUUCACCGAUGUUGUGGAUACCAAUUACAAGGGAAUCAGUGCCAAGGCUUUUAACUUCUCAGCUGAAAUCCCAGGUCCAAAUGCGACCCUGAACGUACCCAUAUUUUUCUUCUCCGAUAACGGGACAGUCAACCUCUGCGACGAUGAAGAAAUAACCAUUAGGAGAGGAAUAAUAAAGUACAAUAUCGAGUUGUUCAACUGGGAUUUCUGCAAAGCGGGAUCUGGAUGUAAAAAAGGAAAGAAAGAAGAAAUCGGGAAAUAUGUGGAUUUUGUGAUCACUGUCAAGAACAAAGGAAAGGGUAAAAAAGGAACCAAGAGCAAGAAGCAGGCGGGAAAGAGGCGCAAGGCACAGAAAUUCUAUUUUGGAAACUCGACCAGCAUUUCAUUUCCAAGCGCUCUUAUGUCUAACAGCAGUUGCACCCAAAUGCCAGAAGAUUACCCAAAACUAGAAACGAAAACAAGCAAGUAUUCUAUCACCUUCCGUUUUCCUAUGUUUAACGACAAAGCCGUCUACGAUCCAGCCAUUGAUGUCAUGCAGGGCUCAGCCUCCGAGCCCCCCGAGCCCUCCGAGCCGACGACUUCCACAACAGGACCAACUACAGGCUGCUCUAAACCUUUGCCAUCUUUUGCCGCGGUGCUGUUGUUGGGAGCUUUGUUCCGUCUUUUUUUCUAAGUAUAUAGUUAUCCUCAAUGGUGCUUCGAGAUUAAGCUUUUAAAGCAAUUGUGUUAAGUAGUUCACCCUUGUAAUUCUUUACGCGGAAAGAACAGUUUUGUUUUAGUUUAAAUUCCAAUAGAUCCCUCGAGCUCGCUUUGCGUACUGCUAUUCAUUUGUCAAAUUGAUAGUAUUCUAUCAUCAUCUUUUUUUUCAAGUUUCUGCAUAGUGUAAAGUACUGUGGGUAACUUGAGCUUCGAGUAAAACGCAUUAAGAGUAGCGUGAUUAUUUAUAAUUUGUGUUUUAAGUGUAAGACUAAGUUUGUUUUAAUAUUCAUUAUAUAUCAUAAGCUAAGUAUAAGUAAUUCCUUGCUUAAUAUCUUCCCUCCUUCCCUUUUUAUCUUUCUCCCCAUCCCUCUCCUAUUACUUACCCCCUAUCCUGAUACGUCUUGACAAUGCCUUACAACCAUCCGCUUGCUGAGGCUUCUCCGGGUAUCCCAUUCAGUCAUAAGUACCCAACCUCAACCUCAUUGAAGUUAUUUAAAAGUACACAGCUAAAGAUAUAAUGUAAAUGAAUGGUUAAUAAAUCGUUUGUAUAACUAAAAAAUAAUCGAGAAUUUCCUAUAGUGAUGUAAUAGUAGUAUCACUUUUUAGCUGUGUGAAUGUAUUUAGAUUAAAUCGGUUUUACUUA